AGCCUGCCGUCACCUCUCCUGGACCUCCUCCGAAUCGUCUCUCCUGCGGGCCCACUCAUGCCCUGUGAACGCUCCGCCCUACUGGUUCUGGUAUAGAUGCAUUCUCGUGGUCCCGUGCGUGCGACUCUGCGAGGCGGCACACUGAGACGCGAGGCUAAUUACGCUUGAAGCGUCAGGCCUGCGGUUGAUGUAACCCGAGCGCGACGUGCUUGUGGCUUCAUGUUGGGAGCCUGGGAGCCUGCGCCCUGGUGCCAGUGCUCGCAGCAACUGGGUAUCGCUGCGAAAAGCUUCAGUACGGAACGUACUACCACCGAUCGUGUGCUAGUCAUGCCUGCGCCCGACCCCAGCGGUCAAGUACCCAGUGCGUUGUCAAUAUCGUAUCGUAUUCGAAUUCGCCAUAGCAAGUGUCGACACAUGCUGUCUAUGGUCCGCAACAAGUUACAAUCUUGGAGAUCAAGAAGACGUGCGUACCAUGUUACCCCGGGGCCCUGGCAGGAUGCGUAUGGACUCAAACCUCGGAUAGGUCCUUCAAAACCAGCCGGAGACUCUGAGUCAACUUCUCCCGCGCCGACGUCUCUCCUAGUCUCCUACUUGUAAGUUAGUCUCUAUGACGAAAAGGUGGUUAAUAGGGUUCUCAGGAUCUUGCAUUGCGCGCGCGAUCGCAAGCCUCGAUCUCCGCUAGUUC